AAAAUUACAAGUUAUUAUUUUUGCAAAAUAAGGUUUUAUAAAAAAUCAGAAGCUCGCUCCCUCUUCCGCUCCCUCUACCACUCCCUCUCUCAUUCUCCGAUCUGAAAAAAUCAGCCUACUGUAAUCCGCUGCUUUCACUCUUUACAGAUCUCUCUCUCUCUCUCUCUCUUUUUUCUAUCGUUGUUGUGAUCGCUCAAAGCCCGUGACGUUCCGAUCUCUUUCUUCUUCUCUCUUUGUCGCUAGGGUUUCCGUCUGUCACACCCUAAAUCUCUAUCUUAUCUCUGAUUGCUUCAAAAUUGUUUGAAUGACCUUGCAACGACGGUUGAACCAUGACUUCAAGUAUGUUGACUGGAGAGCGAAGAUGGGCCUCUACCAGAAGAGGUGGCAUGACUGUCUUGGGCAAAGUUGCUGUUCCUAAACCUAUUAACUUACCCAGCCAAAAGUUAGAAAAUCAUGGGCUGGACCCGAAUGUGGAAAUUGUCCCCAAGGGUACACUUAGCUGGGGAAGUAAAUCAUCUUCUUCUGCAUCAAAUGCAUGGGUUUCCUCGACAUUGUCUCCAAAUGCUGACAGUGGCACUGGCUCUCCUAGUCAUUUAAGUGGCCGCCCUUCAUCUGGCGGGAGUGGUACUCGACCGUCCAGUUCAAGUAGUGAUAGAGCCCAUGAACCAAUUGCUAGUGCAUGGGGUUCAAAUUCUAGGCCAUCAUCAGCGUCUGGAGUAUUGGCAUCAAACCAGCCAUCAGCAGCAUCUUUACGUCCUCGAAGUGCAGAAACAAGACCUGGUAGCUCACAAUUGUCCCGGUUUGCUGAACCAUUGUCUGACAAAUCGGUGCCUUGGGGUUUAUCUGCAACAACUGAAAAGUUGGGGGUUACAUCCUCCAGGAAUGAUGAGUUUUCUCUAACUUCUGGAGAUUUUCCAACACUUGGUGCAGAGAAAGACAAUGUGGAAAAGAACACAGAGCCACAAGACCGCAGUUCUCAUGGUCAGCUUGAAAUGUCUUCGGGUCAAGUGGCACCAAUGAAAGAAAGAACUGAUACUUCUCUAUCUGUUGAUGUUUCUGUUAACACAAAUGUAAGGAGUGGAACUGCAAAUUCCUGGAGAAGAGAUAAUAUUCCGUAUGGUGAAGAUGGAGGGAGGACCAAUGUGGAGAAGUGGCAAGCAGAUUCUCAUGGACCCCGUCCAUACCCAAAUGCUGCUAUGCCCCCACAGCAUUAUGAGGCUUGGCAUGGUCCUCCAAUCAAUAAUCAUCCAGGUGGUGUUUGGUAUAGAGGACCUCCAAUCAAUAAUCCUGGAGGUCCUCCAUAUUCCCCAGUUCCUCCUGGGGGCUUCCCCAUGGAACCAUUUCAUUUUUAUCGCCCUCCUAUGCCUGGAACUGCGCUUCCUAAUCCACAGCCUGUUCCACCACCGGGAGCCGGACCAAGGGGACACCAUCCAAAGAAUGGGGAUAUGUACAGACCUCCUAUGCCUGAUGCUUAUAUGCGCCCAGGUAUGCCAAUUAGGCCUGGCUUUUAUCCAGGUCCAGUGGCCUUUGAGGGCUACUAUAGGCCUCCAAUGGGUUAUUGUAAUCCCAAUGAACGAGAUGGGCCAUUUAUGGGAAUGGUCGCUGGUCCCACUGCUUUUAACCGGUUAUCAGGUCAGAAUGCUCAUGAUCCCAGCAAUUCCCAUCUUAGAUCCAGUGGAUAUGGUCCUAAUGGCAAAGGCUUGGCUUCAGAAAAAGUAGAACCUACUGGUCAUCCUCUCAAUGUUGGAGGACCAUACAGGGUGCUCUUAAAGCAGCAAGAUCGUUGGGAUGGGAAGGAUGAAGAACAGACUUGCGAAGACACUGUACUUGAUUCAUCACAUGUUGAAAAGGGUGACCAACCAGGAGUGUCAUCAUGGGAGGAUGACUGGAGAGGAGAUUACAGAAAAGAUGAAGAGAUCAAUUCAAAACGAAAGGCUAUUGGUGAGGAAGCUUCUUUUCGGGCAUCUGACCAUGUUGGUGGUUCUUCUGUACCUGUCAAAAUUAAGUCACCUGAAAGUAUGGGAACAAAGGCAUUUGGUGACAUUUCAAUGAAGAAGUUGGAACAUCCAGCUAGUGCUUUCUCAGAAAACCCUGCUUCCCCAAAAGAUUCUGCUUUGAUUCAGAAAAUAGAGGGUUUAAAUGCUAAGGCGCGUUCCUCAGAUGGUAGAUCUGAUCUAAUAUCUGUUUCUGGUAAGGAGGAACAGAAGAAGGAACCACAAGAUGGUAAUCACGAGGCUAACCAUUCUGCUAAUGAAGCUGCUGCUAGUUCUUUAUACCCUGGCAGAAGUCAUGCCAGUGGAAUUAAUAGUCCUGCUGUGCAUGAUGGGAGUUUUUCUGCUGGAGAUAAGAGUGUUGAUUCAGCAGCUGCCAGUGGAACAGUUGUCUCAAGGAGAUCUGCUCAUUCCAUGCAUGGUAGAACUGAUCAUCGUGGAAAAGGAAAAUUUAAUUCCCAAGAGGUUGAGGGGUGGCGGAAGAAAGCCCCAAUUUCUGAUUCUCCAGGUGUAACAUCUAGUACACAGUGUGAAAAUUCUAUUGUUCACAUGCAAAAUAAGGCUCCCAAGGAGUUUGCUGAAAAGUCUGGGUCAUAUCUUCAAGGGAAGGAUGAGGGGGAGUCCAUGCCACCCAUGUCUGAUCCCAAUGAUAGCCAAGCUCAGCGUGCUAAGAUGAGAGAACUAGCCAAGCAACGUGUCAAACAACGCCAGAAGGAGGAGGAAGAACGAGCAAGAGACCAGAAGGUCAAGGCUCUUGCAAAGUUGGAGGAGCUGAACAGACGUAGGCAAGCAGUGGAUGGUUUAACCCAUAAGUCUGAGGUUUUCCCCAGUGUUGAUGCCAAGACUAAACAAGAAGAUUCCCAGUCUCUGGUUGAAUCAAAGAAGGCUGCUAGCAAGUCUGGAGUAUCAUCAACCUCAGGUUUGGUUGCUAACUCAAGUGAUGUGGCACAAAUUAGUGAUACUGGCAGCAGAAGUAGGGUUGAGAAAUCCACUGUUUUGUCCAAUGAGCUUCUUCCAGAGAGGCCAAAGAGUGCUAACAAGGAUUCUGUUGGGAUGCAUAAGCAUGAUGAAUCUGUGCCUACAAUACAGGAUGUUAUUGAUUCUGUUCAUCGAAAUAAUGCUUCACAGGUAUAUGAUGGUAGUGUGUCUAGACAGAAGCGGGUAAACUAUAAGCAAAAGCAGAAUAUUCUGUCAGAAAGGAAUUCCUCUGAGAAGUUUAUGAGUACUACUAGCACAACUGAGUCACUCACAGGCCAUACCGAUUUUAUAGUUAAUGCCACAAAAUCUAUUGAGGUUGUAUCAAAUGAAAUUGCCCCUAGCAGUGAUUCAAGUUUGCUAGGAAAUCCGAAUGUCAUGGCUGAGUCCUCCGUGCAUCAAAAGAGGAGAAAUAACAGGAGUGGCAAGAAGCACAGAGUAGAAGAGGCUUCAUCUGUGGCUGCUUUACCAGUAGUAACAACUACACAUAGUAUAAACACUUCAAGUGAAAGUAAGACGAAGGCUUCUGAAUCUGAGUUGGAUCCUAAAACUGUUCAGUCACGUACUGAUCCAAAAGAUGCAAAUCAGUCUUCUGAUCUGCGCUUAUCUUCACCGACUGAUGAUAACCAUGGAAGAGUAACAAACCAGUGGAAAUCUCAGCAUCCUCGUAGGACGUCAAGAAGUACACAAGCUAAUAAAUUGGGAGAGAAAUUCCACACCAAUGAUGCUGUUGUCUGGGCGCCUGUGCGCACUCAGAACAAAGUUGAGGUGGCUGCUGAUGCCAGUGAAAAAUCUAUGGUUGAGGCUUCAUCUGUGAAGAGUGAUCAUCAAGUGCAAAAUAAUUCAAGAAACAAGAGGGCAGAAAUGGAGAGAUAUAUUCCGAAGCCUGUAGCCAAAGAAAUGGCUCAGCAAGGUAGUAUUCAACAGCAUAUAUUGACUCCUUCAGUUGAUCAGACCAUGCCGCAUGAGAUUGUUGUGAGAGUAGAUUCUGGUUCUCUUGGUGCAGACAAUUUCCAAGCUGCUGGCGUUGCCAGUGGGAAGAUGGGGGUUGCUAUGGAGUCUAAAAAUGGGGAUAAUAGGCAGAAUAAACAGGGAAAAAUGCAUAGAUCAUGGUUCCAUCGUGCUUCUUCAGAUGUCUUGCAAGGUUUGCAUGAUGUAGAGUCUUCAAAUGCUAGUAGGAAUGUUCAAAAAUCAUCUGAGCAUUCCCAACCCCAAAGGCCUGAUGUAAGCUUUGAGAAAGAGCAGCCCAAGAAUUAUGAUGAUUGGGGUUCUGAUGGCUGGAACAUGCCUGAAAACCCUGACUCUGCCGUCCCAUUUACUAUUCCUGUUGCAAAAGAUCAGGGAGUGACAGCCAGAGGAAAGAGGCAUCAGUACAAGGGACAGAAAGGCACAGGAAAUAAUCAUGAUCAUGAUCACAUGAAGAUCAAUAGUGGGGACUCUGACAAAAGUCAACUGCAAUCUUCAGUACCUGUACCUGACAUUGGUCAAUCUGACUCACCUUCUGCUUCAAAAGAAAAUCGAACCUCUCAUUGGCAACCAAAACCACAGGCAUUUUCAGCCUCUAAUCAGCGGGGAAGCCGGCCCGGCAGUGGUCAAAAUGCAGGGGCAGAAGUUGGGAAGGCUAAUAAAAAGGACUCCACUUCUGAAGGUGGGUUCCCACACCAACCUCAACCAGACAGGGAGACCAAUGAAGUUAUGGCUCGGUCUCACCAUGGUCAGGCUGCAUCCCAUGCAAGCAAAGUGGAAGAAGCACCAAAUGUUGGCAAUCAAGAACCCAAGAGAGAAAGGAGGAUACCUUCACUAAAAGGACGCCCCCACUCCCCAAACCAAGGUCCUGGUAACCAAUUUGAAUAUGCUUCAUCAAAUACAGAGAUUCGACAUGAGCAACGCAUACCAUCAGGGUUCCGUAGAAAUGGAAAUCAGAGUAGCCGUUAUGGAAGGGGCACUGAAUCUUUUGGAGAUUGGACCUCAUCUGCACAAGAUAACAAACAACAUAACCAACCUAUUAACAGGGAGAGGCAGAGACACAAUUCGCAGUAUGAGUAUCAGCCUGUUGGAUCUUACAAUAAUAGAAAUAGCAGGGGAAACAACUUUGAAGGACCAAAAGACACCCCUAAUAAUGCAGUGGGGGGAAGGUAUAGGGAGAGGGGUCAAAGUCACUCAAGGCGUGGUGGGGGGAACUUCCAUGGAAGGCAAAGUGGCACUGUUCAAGCAGCAGAUGUUAGCUAUGAUUAGUGAAGAAAAUAAGCCCAGUUGGGUGGUUCAUUAUGUGGUUAAAAAUCAAAUCCCAAUGAAGUGUAGUGGCUUGAUCCCUCAAGUUUUCAGGUUUCCAGGUAUAGUAGUUGAGGUUGCAUUUUGAAUGGUAGAUAUAAUCUAAAACUAAAUCAUUGCGGAACUGAUGGUUUUCAAUUUAGCAGGAGGCCUAGGAGGAAAGCAAAGAUGGUGCUAGACAGUGAAUUUGAAUGAAUGGAGGUUCUUGGAUGUGGACGAUUUCUUACCCUUAUUUUUUAUAAUGUAGCUGAAAUGAGAACAACAUUGUAAUUUGGUCAUGGUUGGUGGUGUUAAUAUGGAACCUUUGACAUUUUCAUUGAGCCUUGUACUUGGUGAUUGAUAUUUCCUGUUGCGCUAAAUUUGGUACACGAUUAGACAGGGGGAAUGGAGUAGUGAAGAAAUUUUCUGGUUCUCCCGCUUCACCCUCCAUAUCAUUUUAAUCCUUUGUUGUGGCUUUGUUUGUGGUUGAUGUUUGGAGUCUGUAUGAACUCAACCGAUCAGCUCUUUGUUAGUUAUAAGAAUUCGACAGGAAUAGGCAUAUAUCUGUAUGUCUUUGGAAUUGGAA